GUUUCCAUUCAUUAUCAGUUAGUCAACGAUCACACUCAGAAGUGAGUGGAACAGUUUUCAAACCUGUCGUGUCAAUAGAGCAAGUUUGCGAAGUGAGGAGGAAGUAUCGGGAGUUUGGUGUACGAACUUACAAUAAUUUGUUAAUGAUUGCAAAAAUGAUGGGACGUAAUAUUCAAAAAGUGUUAUUGAUUUUUACCAUUAUUGCCGACGUGUCUUGGAGUUCUGUUAUUGACAACCGAGUCGAUAAAUAUGUAUAUCGAGGUGAGUGCCACUUACCGGAAGCAUUGCAGAAGGAAAUUCAAGGAUAUCAACCGGUUGUCAAUACCAUCGUUGACAAGAUCUUGGGUGGAAAAUUUGCUGGAGAUACAUAUAACAGUUUGUUGGAAAUGACCGACAAAUUUGGUCAUCGCCUAGCCGGUUCCCAGAGUUUGGAGGAUUCUAUUGAUUACUUGGUGGAUGAAUUCCAGAAGGCGGGAUUGGAAAAUGUACAUACUGAAGAUGCACCUGUUCCUCAUUGGGUGAGAGGAUUUGAAAGUGCAGAGAUGAUCUCUCCUCGACGUGCACCUUUGAAUUUGCUUGGUUUGGGUACAUCCAUUGGGACUCCCCGAGGAGGUAUUGUUGCUGAGGCCGUCGCUGUUGAUAGUUUCGAUGAACUCGAAGCAAUGCCCGAUUCAUUGGUUAAAGGAAAAAUUGUGAUAUUUGUACCAGCAUGGACAAGCUAUGGUCAAACGGUUCGAUAUCGAAGCAUAGGUGCUAGUGUAGCAUCGAGAAAAGGGGCCGUUGCAGCUUUAAUUCGAAGUAUAACUCCAUUUUCUAUUGGAUCGCCGCAUACAGGAGUGCAGGAGUACAGUUCAGAUGUAAAAAAGAUACCAGCUGCUUGUAUUACUGUUGAAGAUGCUACGAUGCUCUUGAGGAUGUUUAGAAGAGGGGAAAAAAUCAUCAUUCGCCUCGAAAUGGAAGCUAGAAAUUUGGAGCCUGCCAUGUCUCGCAACACAAUUGGAGAACUGCAAGGAACUCAAAACCCAAACAAAUCCGUAGUAGUUCUAUCCGGUCAUUUGGAUAGCUGGGAUGUUGGCGUAGGUGCAAUGGACGAUGCAGCUGGUGGAUUUAUCUCAUGGAAAGCCGUUCAGUAUCUAAAACAAUUGGGUCUCCGUCCAAAACGUACGAUUCGUGCAAUAUUAUGGACUGGCGAAGAAUUUGGUUACUAUGGAGCUAAAGCCUAUCAGAAACAGCAUGCUGCGACUGAGAAAGAAGAAUUCAACUUAUUUGUCGAAUCCGAUAUAGGAACAUUUGAUCCCCUAGGAAUGGACUUUUCUGGUAACGAGGAUGCGCUAUGUAUAUUCAGAGAGAUCAUGAAAUUGAUGACUCCUUUGAAUGCAACCCAGUUCAAGACACCAACCGAUGGUGGUCCAGAUAUUUCAUUGUGGACCAAUCGUGGUUAUCCUUCAGCUUCUCUACUUAAUAAAAAUGAGCGAUAUUUCUGGUUCCAUCAUUCAGCUGGCGACAGUAUGCUUGUGGAGGAUCCAAUCACUUUAGAUAAGAAUACGGCGCUGUUCGCAUCAGUUGCUUACGUAGUCGCGAAUUUAAGUAUCGAUAUUCCAAAAACUGUUACUGACGAAUUGAUAGAGCCAGAAUUAGAUUAGGUUUGUUUUCAAACUAGUAUUAUUUUAAAACUAGAAUAAUUAAUAAAUUAAUAUGUAUUUAUUUUUACAAAGUGGUAACUUCAAUAUACAUAUAUUAUAACAUUGCGAA